AUGCAAUCCAAUAUUGAGCGGCACCAAGGGAAUUCUAUCGAACACAUUGUGUGCAUGAUGCAAAGAAGAAAGCGUAUAGUGCAAAUCUCACUCUUCCUAAUCAACAACAAAUCCAACUUCUCAUCUUCUUCUUCCAUCAAAUCCCUAACCACUCUCGACGAUGAUCCUCUCUACGCCGAUGUACCUAAGCCUCGGAAGGACAAAUCCGAGAGGAAGCCUUAUCCGACUCCGAUGAAGGAGCUGAUUAAGCGCGCCAAGGAGGAGAAAGAGCUCAGAAAAUCACAGCCAUGUCGAGUUUUGGAAGAUCCGCCGGAUAACGGUUUACUCGUACCGGAACUCGUCCACGUGGCUCACGGAGUUCAUAGAUGCCGCGCUUCGUUGCUCAAUGGACUCUCUGGAAUCAUAAAUCAUCAUGUCUCUGUUCAUCGCUGCAGAUUCUGCUCUGAGGUUCACAUUGGCAAGGAAGGUCAUGGAAUAAGGACUUGCACAGGUCCCGGGAGCGGUUCACGAAGCGCCACUCAUGUAUGGAAAAGAGGAAGAGCAAGCGACGUCGUCUUGUUCCCAAAAUGUUUCCACCUCUAUGACCGUGCUCUCAAACCAAGAAUCAUCCACGACGAGAGGUUCACCGUCCCUAAAAUCUCUGCGGUUCUUGAGUUAUGCAUACAAGCAGGCGUAGACCUCGAGAAGUUCCCAUCAAAACGAAGAACCAAACCUGUUUACAGCAUCGAAGGACGGAUUGUAGAUUUCGAGGAAGUCAACAACAAGAACUCAGAAACCACAGUUCCUACAACACCUUUACAAGAAGAUGAUCAUUACAUUAGCACAGAGAACAAGAGCUUGAAGGAACUAAGCGUUGAGACGUUGGAUUCAUGGUUUGAAAUGGUCACAGGAGUCAAGAAACUGAUGGAGAGAUACAAAGUGUGGACAUGUGGUUACUGUCCAGAGAUUCAAGUAGGUCCAAAGGGACACAAAGUGAAGAUGUGUAAAGCGACGAAACAUCAAAUGCGAGACGGAAUGCACGCGUGGCAAGAAGCGACUAUUGACGAUGUGGUUGGUCCGAACUAUGUGUGGCAUGUUCGGGAUCAAAAUGCUUCUUCUGCUCUUGAUAAUAGCUUGCAGAGGUUUUAUGGUAAAGCUCCUGCGGUUGUGGAGUUGUGUGUGCAAGGUGGUGCACAGGUACCUGACGGUUACAAGAGUAUGAUGAGACUCGAUGUUGUUUACCCUCAACGUGAUGAAGUUGAUCUAGUCGCUUGACCUUUCAAUGUGAUUCAAAUAUCAAUCAACAACACUAUCUUUUAGAAGAAUCACAUAAACAUAAAAGAAAAAAAAUAAGCCGAUAUUACUACAAUCUUUUGCUUGUGUCCACUAGGAUAGACCCCAUGAAGUCCAAGACCAAUUCGUACCAU